AUGGCAAGUGCGGGUGUCGCGAGCGGGGCGACUGCGCCGCUUCACAUGAUCAGCACGCAGGGGGAGCUGAAUCCUGCGCUUGGCGACUGGAUAUCUCUGAACGUACGGCCUCUAGAUGCCGAGUUAACCGCAAAUAAUGUCGCCGGCAACGAGGCCGGCUUCUUAGGACAGCGCGAACUCGCAGUGGUGACGAGUCUCGGACCACGGGGCAGUGGCAAGUCGGCGCUUUUGAACGACCUCUUUGGGACCCGUUUUGCGACAGGACGGACAUUUGCGCGACACGCUCGCGGUACUCGUGGUUGUUUUUGCAGCGUUGCCGGCCCUCAAGCGCCGUGGCUGCUGCUUCUUGAUUCAGAAGGAAUCGACGGCCGAGAAACCGAGGAAACUGCAGAGCUCGAAGACGCCGAAGCUGAGGCACUCCUCGUCGAAGCGGAGUCCCGAGCAAGGCUCACUGGGCGCCGCGGAGACAGCGCCAACGCUGCCGAUCACGCCGGGGCUGGCGCUCGUGAACGCGCACUCCAACUGACGGUUCCACGAGCGAUACGCGUGGCGAUGCUGGCAACGACGAUAUCGGAUGUGAUGCUGGUGAACGUUUGGUACGCAGACAUCGGUCGAGCCGAGGCCUCUGGAUAUGUGCCCCUCAUAAGGACCAUAUUUAGUGAGCAUCUGAAGCUCUUCACGAAGGAAUCGCCUGCUAGGAGCAAAAUCUUAUUCAUCGUCCACGAUCACGAUGAUGGGUCGCCUCUCGAGGCAAUCGCUGCGAUUAUUGAGCGUGACCUCGAGGCUGUAUGGGCAACUCAGGUGGAGAAGCCAGUUGAAUACCGCGAUGCACGCAUUGGGGAUCACUUUGAUAUCGAAGUUAUCUCGCUUCCGCAUCGCCGCUAUCGGGCGGAGGCGUACAACAAGGCGAUCGAUGCGCUUCGGAGCCGCUUUCUCACCGGCAGGGGUGCCACUGGCGCAGUGCUCUGGCCGCAGAGCAGCUCGUCCGCGGACGCAGCAGAAAUCUACCAAAACCUACUGGCGCCCCGUUACUCCAAGGAGCUACCGGUGGAAGGAUUUGCGACGUACGUGGACAUGGUAUGGAGAGAACUCAUUGAGCCCAAGGAAGGAGGCCUGCCAGACUACGCGGAACUAGUAGCAGCGCAUCGUUGCGGAGUCGUCUACGAUCGCCUGCUCCGCUCAGCGUUAGAGCAAAUAUCCAAGUGGUACAACCAGGUCGACAGCGGCAAGUUGGUGGAUGGUUUCGGGAGUAAGGCCCAAGAACUGUUGACGACCACCGGCGAAAAGUACGACUCCGAAACAAGUGCCUUGACCAGUAGCAGCGCAUCGCUCGUUCGGAACCGCAAACGCCACGAGCUCGUGUCGACACUUCAGAAUCAUAUCCGAGCGCUUUUCAAUCGACAAAUCCAGCUGCUACAGAAUCAAACAAUGACCCGUUUCCGAGACCAGAUGCUCGCCCUCAUCGCAGAUCGGAGCGGCAUGGUCAGCGAGUUCGAGUGUCAGUUCCUCGUUCGGAGGAUGGAUGAAUUUUUCAAUCGAAAAGCCGAAGAACUACUGGUACCCAGCAUGCGACUCUCGUAUCGUAGCAGCCGAACAGAUCUGCAGAACACUUUGCUCGAGGCAGCGAACAAAUACCGGGACUCGCCGACUGCCCAGCUUCAGGCCAUGACGCGGAUGGAGAAACGGGCUAUGGCACCGCCGUCAAAACAGCGCGGUGUUGUCAUCGGUUUCGGUUUGAAUACCGCCUUACGUCCACGUGGAUACGGGAACUUUCAGCUCAUCGCGAGCACUUCUCGCGGUCCACACACGUUCAACGCGAGUAUUUGCAACGACGCGGAUCUUGCGGAACAAGAGGGACACGGGAAGGUGCCCCUGUUUCGCUGGCAACCCACGGUUCACUUUGAUAUCGAUCUAUAA